GCCGUGCUACAUUGAAUGGAAAAAGAAAGUUAAACGAUUUGGAAUAAUGUCUAAACGCAAAUAAUAUGAUUACUGUCUACUUUUGAUAUCAUGUGAUAUAAAACAACUGUUUCUUAAAGUCUAAAAUGGGAAUUGUAAGUUCCAUAGCAGUAGGUGGGAAUGAUAAAUGUCUAAACGAACUACUAUUGGAUGACAUUAUAGACGAAGUUGAGGGUAUAUCGGGACUGUUACUAGUUGUUGCCCAUAGCAUUAAACAGCACAAGCAGCUAGGAAAUACAACCGACAGUGUUGCCGCUAAAAACGUGCUAGAGGAAUUGUUAAGGAAUGCGUUUGACAAACUCACUUGUUACUACACAAUUGAUGUCUACACGACAUGUCAAGAGUUGAGUGACAAAAAGUCCCCUCUCUUGGACAGUUCAAACACCACUGAGGAAGAAAGUCAUAUUCCGGCGAAAAUCGGUCAGAUACCAUUACCAAAAGUUUGCUUGAAACACUGAAGCAGGUUAAAAACAUACCUGCUGUAGAUAUUAAACAUUUACGAAAACAGGUGGAGAAAUAUUCCACGGGCCAUUCAAAAGGCAAUUCCAGUCAAACGCCAUUGUCGAGAGAAAACAGCAAGACUAAUUCUGAUGAACAACAAAACCUUCGCUCUGAGAGAGGAAAAGAUCAUGAUGAAAAGAAGAACCAUGAAGUCGGAAAAGACCAAGACACUUCUACAGAGACAGACAAUACUAGAAAGCGUCCGGUAAGAGACAAAUAUGGCAAUUAUUUAGAAACAGAUGAAACAAAAAACAUUACGGUCGGAAACUGUUACGAUUUAACGCAUGCAGAUGUUGGUGACAUAAAAACAACCCCGAAGAAAAAAGAAAAGACAAGGGAAAUUGGACGUUUACAGCUUGACAUACAAAAGCUGAAAAUUGAUAUCGACGUUUUGAAAAAAAGAAAAUAAUGGGCUUAAGAUGGAUUUAAAGCGAAUUAGCGAAAAUAACACUCACGACGUCGUCCAACUAAACACGCAAAUCAAAACAAAGCAAAAUGAGAUUCAGAGUCUUAAGGAAGAAAAUGCAAGUCUUGUGUUGAGAUUGAGAAAACUUGCUGGAGAAAAGCUGACACAGGAUAAUCCAAACAUAAUGGAACUAAGUGACCCGAACCGUCCAACUAAACUGGGAGAGAUAUACAGCGAGUUGUACGAUAAUCAAUGGACAGAUGCAUUUGAAGGCCUUACUCAAUCCGGAUACCAGGAGGCGGAGGCCAUUAGAGCCUUGAACAUCACAUUGAAGCAUGCAUACAAGUUUUGUGCGAAGAAAGCAAGUGAGAUGUUGACGAAGACUGAAGAUGUCGCAAUGCAAAUCUUUGAGGCAUACACGGAGUCUCGGAUAAGUGUUUGGCAGUCAAUGGAGUUACCUAGUGUGCGUGAUGAACAAUUCAUAGAGAGACAUUGGAAGCCUAAACAACGUCAUGUAGGUGAUCGUACCGGUGAACGACGAGCACCAAAUAGAGAUAAGGUGGUAGUAAAGCCUGCGAAGAUAGAGAGUGAACUGGUAAAAUUACUGAAGGAGGUUUCCUUGUCCAUAGUCCCAGUUGUGCAACAGUCUUACUUAAGGGGUAAGUGGGACGAAACAUGCAUCGAACCGCUAGAGCCUUUUAUCAAGAAAUGUUUGUUCCUGUGUUGGAUGAUGGUCGUCCAAAGUCCUCCGAUGGUUUUCGACAAGAACACCGAAGAAGGAACCAAGCUUGAGAGCGCAUUAUACAAGCAGUACACACAAACUGGUGACGUAUUGGAGUAUGUGGUCUGGCCUGCGCUUUUUCUGCAUGAGGACGGUCCUAUAGUUUGUAAAGGCGUUGCGCGACCAAAAAAGGCAAAGGAAUAGUCAAGAACAUGUUUAGCGUUUGUCUGAACUGUGCAUUUGUUAUUCAUUCAUUCUAAUUAUGCAUAUCAGCAUAUAAUCAAGGUGGUAAAAGACAAUUUGAACCUUUUAGCAUUUUUAAAUCAUUGAAAUAGUUUUUACAAAGGACAUUUUCCAUUAAAUGACAUUUGUAUAUCAUAUAUCACGAGGUGCUGGCAAUACACAACAUGUUUGUAAUGUAGUGUCAUUUUCACAUGAGCCAAUUACUUUGCACUCAGCAUUUGCUUUGUUUUACAUAUUUGACCAUAAUCUGUAGUUUAGGGAGAUAUUUUCAUUACCAUUGUAUUGGCAUGGAAUGCGUGUUUUUUUUAUUUUAUGUUUUGUAUUGAGAAUAGAAUGUCGGUAAAAUUGAGUGAUUUAUUGCAAAACUGUUCGAUGCCUAUAUCAAAACCUAUAGCACACAAUAUGCUGCUUCGAGCAGUGUUGUUCAAUGCAUGGUAUAGAUGCCUUAUUUCCCUUAUAAUUAUAAAUACGAGUACAUCUGCUGUAUGUGCAUUUUCUUAGUAGAAUAUCACCUGUUUACUGAUAAACUGACAACACUAGUCUGGUUAAGUGUGAUAAUCUACUAAGCAAAGGUGUAUACAGCACAUGUACUCGUGUUUAUAAUUAUAAGGGCCAGGUAACCCAUCUCCUGUCAUUUGUCUUGUCUGUAUAUAGUUUUCUUGUUUGAAUGUUAAUUUGAAUUCUUUUUAUGUGAUUCUGCCAUAUUUGGGUGCCUUAGAAAUAAUAACAUUAAUAAGUGUAUUUGAAAAAUCAUUUUCCUACCUUGCUUUGAAAAGGAAUCGGUCUAAAUUUAGGUAAUUCAGCAGUGGUUCAGUCCACUUAAAGCUAUGAUUUGAAUGGUUAAAUCCAAUAAUUAAAGGCCUUUGUUUGAAAACAUUUCUUGUAAUUGCUCUUUAGUACAUAAUUAAUGCUUGUGUUUGAAUUCUUGGAUGAUAUUUUGAUCAUGUUUGUAAGACAUGAUGAGUCUUUAGUGCUGUUAAAUUUAAUUUGUGCUUUAUAAAUUGAAAUGGGCCAUAGUCCCCAUUGGAUAAUUCCAUUGAGGCGUUUAUUCUCAUUCUAGUGUCAAGGUCAGACAGAUAUUUUAAUUAUUAUACAGUGAAUGUUUUAUUACAGUCACUGGAAAAUCAUGAUUUAAGUUAUGAAUUUUGCAAUGUCUUAAAGGCUUUAUAAUUGAGUUGAUUUGGACAGGUGUUUUGUCUGGAAACAUUUUUUUAAAAAUCCAAGGCAUUUUUUUUGUACCAAUCAGGUAAAACAAUUUAUUAACUUCUUGACCUUUUGAUCACUUUCUGAGAUAAAUCAUGUAUAAAAUAUAGUGGCUUGUAUAUCUUUAUUAAGGGCAAGCAUUUUAGCCAUUCAAGUGUAAGCAACUCUUUCACCCCUAAUCAAUUCUAAGUAUAUAAUGCUCUGCAACUCUGUAAGCAGCACUCUGCUGAAGAUUUUCAACAUGGUAACAUCUUUAAAGAAGCUUAGAAGAUUAUCAAACAUUUUUCACCGUAAGAGUGCAGCAAUUCAAUAUUUAUUAUUUUUUAUAACAACUUAAAGAGCUAUGAAGAUAACAAACAUAUUGACUUCUGCCACGAAAGAUUUAUAUCUUACAAAGAGUCUAGCUAAUUUAUCAGCAUUUUGGGGGUCUAUGAGGGAUUCACCAGGAAGUCCUGUUGACCCACUCGGUUGAUGAUGGUCUCAGUUCAAUUUCAAUGCCGCUAUUCGCAUUUACAAUUCAUGUAGGAUCUAAAACAGCUUUAGCAUGUGGAAAUUUGGACUGGCCCUGCUCAAUCUCAUUUUGAACUUUAUUAUUUUGACUGCUUUUCUGAUUUCAUUUGCUUUAAUUAAUAUUCAGUCAUACAUUCCUCAGAAAUGACUUGCCCUUUAUUUGUUUCUUCACCGUAAUAACACACCGCCUUUUGGAGUUAGUUUUGUUUAUCUGCAUUGCGCACCCGCAUUUUUCCAUAUAUUUAUCUGUAAACCUCUAUAAUAUUUCGGAA